CAUCCAGCUGAAGGAGCAACAUGGUGUCUCUAAUGGUGGUGGUCUUUGGUAUCUUAGCGGCGGGAUCUCAGGGCUCUGCACCACGGCGGUAUGAACAGUCCAAGGACUUAACGCCCAUCCACAUCUCUUCUUCAAAAACGCAGGACGCAAAACGCUUCCAGGAGGUCCGCAGGAGCGACGAGAGAAGCGCGCAGCUGCGUCAGGGCGCGCGCACAGGUGCAGACUCCUACCUGAGGACCGGGGGACGGAGAGAUGACGCAGCAUCAAGAACUAACUGCAAAAAUCGUCCAAUUGACCUGGUUUUCAUCAUAGACAGCUCUCGCAGUGUGCGCCCUGCUGAGUUUGAAAAGGCUAAGGCGUUCCUGCAGAACAUGGUGGACAGCUUGGUCAUAGGCAGAGACGCCACUCGUGUCGGCCUGGUUAAUUAUGCCAGCACAGUCAAGAUCGAGUUUCUCCUCAACACCUACUUUGACAAGUCUUCGGUGAAGCAGGCACUUGGGAAGGUUGAGCCCCUGGCUUCAGGUACCAUGACUGGCAUGGCCAUCAAGACCGCCAUGGAAAAAGCCUUCACCAAGGAGGCCGGGGCCCGCUCCGCUUCCACCAACAUCGCUAAGGUGGCGAUUAUAGUGACGGACGGGAGGCCCCAGGACAGGGUGGAGGAGGUGUCGGCUGUAGCCCGAUCAGCUGGGAUAGAGAUCUAUGCAGUGGGAGUCGACAGAGCCGAUAUGGCUUCCCUGCAGCUUAUGGCCAGCCAACCACAUGAUGACCAUGUCUUCUAUGUGGAAACCUAUGGCGUGAUCGAGAAGCUCACAUCCAAAUUUAGGGAAACCUUGUGUGGUAAGGAUGAUGAUAAUGGGAGUGCAGAUAUUGAUGAUAACGGACUAGGCCCAAAUGGCAGGAAAGACCAUAAUAACAAUAAAGGGAACAACGGUUUGGAUCCAUGUGCUCAAGGACACAACUGUCAGCAUAUUUGUGUCAACAAUGGCAACUCGUACAGAUGCAAGUGUCGCUCAGGCUUCGUCUUGAAUCCAGACAAGAAAACCUGCUCACGUGCAGACGCUUGCAGCCAGGGACACGACUGCCAGCACGUUUGUGUUAACAGUGGUGACUCGUACAUGUGCCAGUGUCAAAAUGGAUACGUGUUGAACCCGGACAAGAAAACAUGCUCACGUAUGGAUGCAUGUUCUUCAGGCCAUAACUGCCAGCAUAUUUGUGUCAAACGUGGAGAUUCAUAUGUCUGCAUGUGUCGUAAAGGAUAUGUGUUGAAUGCAGACAACAAAACGUGCUCACGUUCUGAUGCAUGUGCUCAGGGACACGACUGCCAACACAUAUGUGUCAGCAGUGGAAGCUCGUACGUCUGCAAGUGUCGGUUGGGUUAUUUGCUCAACACAGACAGGAAAACAUGCUCACGUUCGGAUGCAUGUGCCCAGGGACACGACUGCCAGCACAUUUGUAUCAACAACGCUGAUUCUUACAACUGCAUGUGUCGAGAAGGAUAUAUACUAAAUUCAGACCAGAAAACAUGUUCACAGGAAAUGAGGAGUGAAAUAACAGAAGAUGCCUGCAUGUGUGAAGCACAGAUUGUUUUCCAGAGAAAGGUGCAGUCGGCCAUUCAGGAGCUCACAACUAAACUCGCUGAACUUUCAGACAAAGUGACGGACAUUGAAGGUGAAUUUCAGCGUUGAGAACAAAGAUGGAGGAAAAACGUCGGCACUUUUAUUACAGUCAGGAUUCCAUAAAAGUAGUAAAUAAUUAUAUUUCUUUAUGAUGAUGUAAA